AUGGAUACAAGUGUUUCUGCGUCAACAGUUAAUGUAGCAGAAGUAGCGACAGAGGAGCACAUCGGAUACGCGGACUUGGUAGUGGACAAAAUUGACCCGCACAAACUGUGCUCGUACAGACUCUUCCGAGAAUACUGCACAUACCAGAGCGGGGCCUUUAUUAAAGAUUUGUCUCUUCUAGGCCGCGAACUUCGCAACGUAAUUAUUAUAGACAACUCCACCAAGGCCUACUUGUGGCACAUGGAAAACGCAAUACCCAUCAAAAGCUGGUUUGACGAUCCAAAUGACACAGAAUUGCUCGAUCUGAUACCUAUACUGCGUUCCCUUGCGACGGUGGACGACAUACGCCCUAUGAUCAGGGAGGCUUUACUGCGUUACUUUUGA